AAUCAACUGUUUGUACCAUUCCUUGCCUACUCCCUUACAUCCAGCAAACGAGAGAGAAUCCAAAUGUCACUGCAGCUACUCAGUAUAUCAAUUAGCUUAGCAGAGUUUCCAUUAACUCUUCUCGGUGAGAAUAUCACAGCUAAUAAUUCAUUAAAGUGUGAAGAAAUUGAAGCGUUACGGCACCCAAUAGAGUAUAGGCAGUCAGUAUCACUACCCAGGCUCAACUGUACAUCAUCGGGCAACAGACAACACUGGCAACCACCUCAAACCUCUGAGAAGCAAGUGGAAACAUUGAUAGAAAAAAUGAAAACUGGAAUGGAUCUAAAAGAUACAAGAGCAUCAGAAAUCAUGGGCAUCUAUGAACAUAAACUUACAACUCUUGAGACCAAAGAAAGUCAUUUGCAGGAUUUGCUCGAAGCCAAAGCUCUAGCAUUGUCUCAAGCAGAUCGGCUGAUCGCACAGUAUAGAUGCAGGAGAGCACAAGCCGAUGCAGAGGCUCGAAAAAUGAGGCUACUUCUUCAAGAAUCUGAAAACAGGAUUGAAGAGUACAUAGAAGAAAGGAACGACUCAUUACUCCAAAAAGAACAGUUACAACAAGACGAUGUAUUUGUACCCCUGUCUCUUAUACACAUCUAG